GUCCGACUUUACGAGGGGCACUUGAAGGUAGCGUGAAAGGGACGUGCCAUGUAGCUGUUCACACACCAAGCUGCUGCGACUAUCAUCUCUAAACACGAUGUAGACAACACACAACGUCUUGGACAAAAGAUGUGGCAACCUUCUUUUAAGGAUCUGUAGAGAGGUUGCAGUCAUGGGCCCAGAAUCUGAAUCUGUCCCUAAAACAGCCUCUUCAGAAGAAAGUCCAGGAGAAAUCACUGUUAAGGUUUCAGAUUCAGACUCCAAUGAUGCAUCAACCUCCACUGAGCCUGAGAACUCCAAACAGGCAGGGAGUAACACAGCAGACAGGAGUUACCCCUGCUCCGUCUGCGGGAAGGUAUUUGAUAGACCAUCCAAGCUAGAAAGGCAUAGACCUAUCCACCAAAGGAAGCCUAAGGCACUUCAUCAGUGUCAGCACUGUGAGAAGACUUUCACACAACAGGAGAAGCUGACGCGACACCAGAACUGCCACAAUAGGACUAACAAGCACCCCUGUCCUGACUGUGGGAAAGUGUUUAACAGGCCUUCAAAGUUAGAGAGGCAUAAGCGCACACACUCUAAGAAACCAAAGGUGCCUCAUCAGUGUUCAUACUGCAUGAAGACUUUCAGUAAACUUAAUAAACUUGUCCGUCAUAAGAGAAUGCACACCGGGGAGAAGCCUUUUACCUGCUCGGUCUGCGGGAAAGGAUUCUCUGAGUCAGGACACUGCAAAGCACACGAGAAGACACACGAGGAACAGCCGGAGAAACCUCACAGCUGUGCCGACUGUGGGAUGUGCUUCUUCAAAGCGUCUGAGCUCCGUCGACACUUCCGCUCUCACACAGGAGAGAAACCUUUCAGAUGCAGCCUGUGUGAGAGCUGCUUCUCCCGCUCAGAAGGGCUCAAAAGACAUAUGAGGAGCCACACAGGGGAAAGACCUUACAAAUGUCUAAUCUGCGCAAAGGGAUUUUACUCUCGUCAUGAUUUGAAUAUUCACGGACUCACCCACUCAGGAGAGAAACCACAUCUCUGCCCCGUGUGCGGUAAAGGUUUCUCACAGCUGGGCAACAUGAAAGAACACGAACAAAACGUCCACAUUAAGUCGGAGAAAUAUAUUUGCAAUGAAUGUGGAGCUACAUUCACACGGUACAAGUCCCUGACAAAACAUCAGCGGACACACACAGGAGAAAGACCCUAUCUGUGCCUAACAUGCGGGCGCAGGUUUUCAUGGAGUCAUUCUCUGAGCAGACACCGCAGGACACAUGCACACAGACAGAUGUCUCCGGACACACCCAAAGACACGUCAAGUUUUGAAGCACCCUCUGAGAAUCUUUGUAACUCUUGAAGAAGCAAAAUCCUUAUCGAUGAUAGUUUUCCUGGAGCUGAAGUCAAGCUAAAAUGUUUUAAUUUAUAUUACAUUAAAAAGGAAUUGCAAAGCUUUGUCAAGAUCAA